UGGAAAGGGAAAGCAUUAAACGGCGUAAGGAUACAGCGGAGACACAAGUCGCUAGCAGGUGCACUCCGUAGCGAAAUCACAAAUAGGAGACGAAUGAUGGCAUAACAUAUGGUGACGUCCCCCCUUUCAAGGAAAGAAACCAAACCCUUGUGCUUUCACAAGAAAAAUGUCACGAGUGGGAGCCUUCUGCUGACCUUUCUCUGAUAUUUGUCUAGAAGCUGCUCACUCGACUACCAACAAAAUGUCAGGCACCUACACACCAGCUCCUGGAGGGCCGUUCUCUGCUCUCACCCCAAGCAUGUGGCCCCAGGACAUUUUAGCCAAGUACCAUCAAAAAGAGCCCUCUGAGCAGCCUGGACUCCAGUAUGAUGAGUUUGGCUUCAAAGUGGACUCUGAAGACAACGGGAAGCCCAAGUCCUGGCUGGGCUGCGAAGGCUCCCCCCAGCGGGAAGACCCCCAGCAGCGACUGCGCUGGCAAGCCCACCUGGAGUUCUCCCACAACCACGCGGUGGGCGACCUGACCUGGGAGCUCAUCGAUCCUGUCCUCUCGCGCUCUGAGCGCCUGCGCUCCCUGGUGCUCGGUGGCAUACCGCACAGCAUGAGGCCACAGCUCUGGAUGCGUCUGGCUGGAGCACUACAGAAGAAGAGGACCUCUGAAAUCUCCUACAGAGAAAUCGUGAAGAACAGUUCUAAUGAAGACACCAGCUCUGCUAAACAGAUCGAGAAGGACCUCCUACGGACGAUGCCCACCAAUGCGUGUUUCUGUAGCAUGACCAGUGUUGGCGUGCCGAGGCUGAGGCGGGUACUGAGAGGUCUGGCCUGGCUCUACCCAGACAUCGGGUACUGCCAGGGCACCGGCAUGGUGGUCUCCUGUCUGCUGCUCUUUCUUGAGGAGGAGGAUGUGCUGUGGAUGAUGUGUGCCCUUAUCGAAGACCUCCUUCCUCCGUCCUACUUCUCCUCCACUCUGCUGGGCGUCCAAACGGACCAACGGGUGCUCCGCCAGCUUAUUGUUCAGUACCUGCCGGCCCUCGACCGUCUUCUGCAGGAGCACGACAUAGAGUUGUCGCUGAUUACGCUGCAUUGGUUCCUGACAUCAUUUGCCAGUGUGGUGGACAUCCGCCUGCUCCUCAGGAUCUGGGACCUGCUCUUCUACCAGGGAUCACUGGUACUCUUCCAGGUCACACUGGGCAUGCUGAAAAUCAAGGAGGAGGAGCUUGUGUCAUCAGAGAACUCUGCAUCCAUUUUUAACACUCUCUCGGAUUUGCCGGGCCAGCUGAGAGACGGGCCCGCGGUUCUCGGGGAGGCCAUGAGGCUAGCAGGGAGCCUCUCCCAGGAAACACUGGAAGCCCACCGGCACAAGCACCUCGCCUACAUCCUAAAUGAACAGGCCCAGCUCAACAACGGACACAACCCCAAUAUCAACACUAAUCUCAACAAAGCGGUGAGAAGACAGUCCCUGCGCAGGAAGUCCACCCUGAGCUCCCUGCUGUUCGGGGAGGAUGAGGCAGAGGCCCUGAAAUCCAAGAACAUCAAGCAGACGGAGUUGGUGGCAGCCUUGAGAGAGGCCAUAACUCUCACUGCAGAGCACUUCCACUGUCUGGACCCACGCCACUCCAGCACCGAGCUGACUCCUGACUAUUCCAUGGAGAGCCACCAGCGGGAUCACGAGAACUUCCUGGUGGUGUCCCAAAACCGACGGAGACGGGGGAAGGCUUUGCUGGACUUUGAGCGGCAUGAUGACGACGAGCUUGGCUUCAGGAAGAAUGACAUCAUCACUAUCAUCUCACAGAAAGAUGAGCACUGUUGGGUUGGAGAGCUCAAUGGCCUUAGAGGUUGGUUCCCAGCUAAAUUUGUGGAGAUCCUAGAUGAAAGAAGCAAAGAGUAUUCGUUAGCAGGCGAUGACUCUGUGACGGAGGCCGUGACAGACCUGGCCAGGGGGACUCUGUGUCCCGCCCUGAAGGCCAUUUUUCAGCACGGCCUCAAGAAGCCAUCGAUACUGGGAGGCCCGUGUCAUCCGUGGUUAUUCAUAGAAGAGGCGGCCAGCAGAGAGGUAGAGAGGGACUUUAACUCGGUCUACUCCAGACUAGUGCUGUGUAAAACCUACAGGUUAGAUGAAGAUGGGAAAGUUCUAACACCGGAGGAGCUGCUUUACAGAGCGGUGCAGUCCGUCAACAUGAGCCACGACACCGCACACGCCCAGAUGGAUGUCAAGUUUAGGUCUUUGGCCUGCGUCGGCCUCAAUGAGCAAGUGCUGCACCUGUGGCUGGAGGUGCUGUGCUCCAGCAUGGCUGCUGUAGAAAAGUGGUAUCAUCCGUGGUCCUUCCUUCGCAGUCCUGGAUGGGUUCAGAUAAAGUGUGAGCUCAGGGUGCUAUCAAAGUUUGCCUUCAGCCUCUCCCAAGAUUGUGAGCUGCCCGACAAGAAAGAGGAGAAGGAGCAGAGGCCUCUGAAAGAGGGAGUGCAGGACAUGUUGGUGAAACAUCACCUCUUCAGCUGGGACAUAGAUGGCUAGACGCUGAAUCCCACUCCGUCCUGGAGUGUGAGAGAGGGAGUGUGCGAGUGUGUGUGUGUGUGUGUGUGUGUGUGUGUGUGUGUGUGUGUGUGUGUGUGUGUGUGUCUCGAGCUGAUGUCUCCUCACCUGUUUGUCACACAGUCAAUUAUAAAUCAGACACCACUGUCUGCUGCAGUGACUCUUCUCUCAGACUCCUCACGCCACCUUCCAGCGUCGGACACGUUUGUAUGCGCCCACGCGAGUGCAGUAAGUUGCGCACUCUAUUUUUAAUUCCAACCCAGUGUAAGAGGUGGCACUGCGCGUUGAAAGCGAUGCAUACUAGCAGAACAGUCCAGUAGAGAACAGUCCGGCCUCUUUCUGUGUGUGUCUGAGAUGCAGCGGUGGGUCCUGAAUCGCUCUGAAAGUUCCCAGAUGAGAAGACCAAAACGCAACAUUCCUGAACAUGGAGCUGUAAAGUUACAAAUUAUUUUUGAGAGGAAUGCUACUUACCUCAAUACAAUUGAUUCCACUAAUAUAUUUCAUUAAAUACUAAUGUUGCACAUGCCAAGUAAAGCCUUUUUGAAUUGUAAUACAAGACUAUGGGUGUGUGUUCUACCUGAGCAGCAGUGGUGGUGAACACAAGAAUGUAAAUGAAGCAGAUAAAUACUUUCAGUGUUUCAACCUAUACUAAAUAAAUGUUGCAUAUAGUUUGGAAGAUUUUUGUAUAUAAAGUAAAACUAUUUUGCGUUUGACUAAAUUUUCCCAUGCCGGUUAAAGCAAUUCAAAAUGACUUACUUGAAAACACUGAUUUCUUUAGGUUGUUGACCCUUAUUGCAAAUGGGAAUUUGAGAAUCAUUUCUUUACAUAACAAAAAUAUAAAUACUUUUUUUUCCAGUUUGACCACUUUGCUGAUGGCAAAGAUGUGUUGUCGCUAUUCACAUCUCGCAGGAGUUGUGCUUGAAAUUGUCCCGUUGCUUCAGCGAAGCAACUAACUUCCAGAAAACCACCAACAUGAUCGUAGCUAUUGUAGCCUUCAUAAAUCAAAUGGUGAUUAUCAAUGUACAAUAUUCUGCUGUGUACCGUAGUGGCCCCUUUCCAUCUGUGACACGUAAAAGGCAAAUGUAGCUCAAAAUCAGUUUCAUUGUAUUGGAGGAAAAAUAAUCCUGUUAAAUGUUUCAACUUAAAAUAUUUGUCACUCGCAUUAACAUUU